AUGGCAAUCACAAACUCGAGAAUAUUAAUACAACAGGCGGCUUUGUGCGCCUGCUUCGCCACACUAGCACUAGCGAGCCCUCAGUUCCAGUUCCCCGGCACCAACCCGGGCACUACCCCAGGCGCCAACAACCCAGGCAAUGGAGGCAACAACGGCGGCACGGGUUCAGGGUCGGGCAGCGGGACAGGAGGAACCGGCAACGGAAACGGGAAUGGUAACGGCAACGGCAACGGCAACGGCAACGGCUUCGGAGGUAACGGCCAAGGAUUCGGCAACAAUGGCGGCAAUGGCUUCAACAACUUUCUCGGCUUCGACGUCAACCGCGCCAUGUACCUGCGCAUGGUGCACGGCUGGGUCGCCUCGGUCGCCUUUGUCAUCCUCUUCCCGCUUGGGUCCAUCUUCAUCCGCGUCAUCCCGGGCCGGCUUUCGUUCCUGGUACACGUCGCGACCCAAAUCAUCGCCUCGAUCCUGUACAUCGUCGGCGCCGGCAUAGGGUUCUGGAUGGUUGCGACGAUUCGGUUCCCGUUCAACGGUGGUUCCCUGUUGACCGACCAAAACAUAAACUUCCAUCCGAUAAUUGGAAUCGUUGUGUUCAUCGGCGUCCUGGCCCAGCCAGGUCUGGGUUUCAUGCACCACGCCCAAUACAAGAAGCUGGGUCGCCGACAGAUCUGGUCGCACCUCCAUCUGUGGAACGGCCGGACGAUGAUCGCUCUGGGCAUCAUCAACGGUGGUCUGGGCCUGCUGGUGGCGCGGGCUUCGGAUCAGGCGAAGACGGCCUAUGCGGCCGUGGCCGGCGUCAUGUCGGUGCUGUGGAUCCUGGCGUCCAUCUUUGGCGAGUGCAAGAAGGCCAUCGAGGUCAGGAGGCAGAGCCGGGCGGCCAGGAAGGAGGCAAAGAGGACCGAGAGGAUGGCGGCCAAGAGCUUGUCCAGGCCUCCCAGCCAGGAGGGUGUCGCUGUGUAA